AAUGGGCCACUAUAGGGGUUCUACCUGGGCCCUAGGUGGGCUAAUAUAACUUUUGUAAUUUUAUAUAUUUCAUUUUAACUGAGUGUCAGACAAUUUCAAAUGAAUAACUCAAGAAAUGAUUUAAUGAAUUCAUUCAUUUUUAGGUCAAAACCAGUGUCAGAUUUUACAUUUUAACUUUAAGAAAAAAGAUACAUUUGAAUUGAUAGAAUGUCAUCAGCACACUUAGGCAGCUAUCACAUUCACAGAGCACCCUAGGCAGCUCUAGGCAGCUCUAGGCAGCCCUAAGCAGCUUACACAGGCACAGAGCACCCUAGGCAGUCAUAGGCAGCUCUAGGCAGCUCUAGACAGCUCUAUACAGUCCUUUUUUUUUUUUUUUUUUUUUUUUACUGCUGUGAUUGUGGUGGCGGAGGUGUGGUUGAACGUCAGCUGGUAGCCCGAAUUUCUUGUGUGUGUCUGAGAGAGUGACGAUCAGCACAUAGAUGUGUGUCAUUAAAUGGGUCUGCUGUAAAGUGAAAGUAAAAAUGGAGAGAAAUGGGUAAAAGAGACCUUAUUUAGGUGUGCAAUUGCAUACUUUGUACGUACUUUGUCUAGCAUCUGCUUUGUGUUAACAUUUUUACCGGACAUUAAAUUUUUGAUGAACACCUUUGGGAUGAAUUGGGAUGCCAACUGUGAACCAGGCCUUCUCACUUCAUAUCACUGCCGGACCUCACUAAGGCUUUUGUGGCUGAAUGAUCACAAAACCUCACGGCCAUGCUCCAAAGUCUAGUGGACAGCCUUUCCAGAAGAGUGGAGGUUAUUAUAACAGCAAAGAGGGGACUAAAUCUGUGUUAAUGCCCAUGGUUUUAGAAUGGGCACAUGUGGAUGUGAUGGCCAGGUGUCUACAUACACUACUGUAUAUGUGGACACCUUACCAUCACACUCCCAUGUAUUUGUAAAAAAUCCCAUUCCACAUUUAGUCCCCCUCUGUGGUUAUAAUAAACUCCACUCUUCUGGGAAGGCUUUCCAUUAGAUUUUGGAGCGUGGCUGUGAGAGUUUGUGUUCAUUCAGCUACAAGAGCAUUAGAGGUAUCAGGCACUGAUGUUGGGUGAGGAGGUCUGGGGUGCAUUCAGUGCUCCAGUUCAUCCCAAAUGUGUUCAGUGGGGUUGAGGUCAGGGCUGUGUGCAGGACACUCUCGAGUUCUUCCACUCCAACCUCGGCAAACCAUGUCUUCAUGGAGCUCGUUUUGUGUACAGGGGCAUUGUCAUGCUCAACAUGUUUAGGCCUCAGUUCCAGUGAUGGUAAAUUGUAAUGCUACAGCAUACAGAGACAUGCUUAUACUAGAGUGCUUCCAACUUUGUGGAAACAGUUUGGGGAAGAACCACAUAUGGGUGUGAUGGUCAGAUGUCCACAUAAAGUUGCCCAUACAUUGUGUAUUGUGACAUGGAGUCAGUUUUGCAAGCAAUCCCUGCCGUGACUCUUUAAGCUUUUCCCCCAGUGAACAUGUAAUUACAUCAUGACCUGACCAUAAAAAGUCAGGUUUGAUCAUUGCAACUGAGAGGUACAGGAAAGUUGAUUUUAUUUAUUUAUUUUAUUUUAUUUUUUUUACUGUCAAGUUAACUGAAAAACAAAGAUUCGUUACUAACCCUUUAGUUUGAUGAUAUUUUAAUACACUUUUUGAGACCUGGAGCUUGCUAUAAAGGACUGGAUGACUGUUGAUUAUUUUUUAUGCUACUUAAAGGCUCUUUUCUGGAUGAGUAAUAGGAUUUGAAUCACCCCCUUUGGUGGACCCAUUAAGGCGAGCUCAGUGAAAAGUAGUGCAGCGCAUGCGCUUGUUCAAUCUCAAAAUACCUAAUUAAAAAAAACAUCCACUCAGUCGCUCGUCGAUGAUAAUCAAUGUGGAGACAGAUGUGCGCGAAUAGAAGAUGAAUGCGAUGAGUGAUCCAAACCACCUGCUCCUUCACCGGAUCGGUGGCGGAGCGCGCGCGGCUCGGGUUCAAACGGCGCUCCGAACAAAUGCUGGAAUUAAAGCGCUUCAUUAAAAGGCCACCUCUCAUCAUCAGCGCACGUUUCUAUUUAUAACACCGGGCUGCAUCCAGUCCGCGCGGCGGGGAAAAUCUCCCCGGUUAUUUCUGUCUGUUUCAUCUCUUGUCUCACGCACUCACAUCAAAACAAAUUCAAAACACCACUUGAUUUGCCCCAUUUUUCAUCUCAAUUUAUGAUUAUUUUUAUUAAGGGUUGAGGUGGAAGCAUUUUUCAUGUUUAUAUUUCUAGCACAUGCAGCUGUCAAAACUGAUGUCCUUGUUUUGUGUGUGUGUGCGUGUGUGUGUGUAUGUGGCGGUUUUGGAUCGGGAGACGUGCCUCGCGUCUCAAGCCGAAGUCGCACAUGCGCAGUUUGCGCAGAGCGCGGGGACAACACGUAGCCUUGGCAACGUAGAGAGGGGGAGUCCCGGCAACGAGCCGUCAACACUCACCUCGUUUAGGGCCCGAGCACGCAGCUCGCGCUCCGGGCGCCCUGUUUCCCCGGAAGACCAGCUCGACAAGGGCGGGAGCGAGAAGAAAAGCGGAGGCGGGCUGCUGCCGGGCUCGUGCGCGCGCUCCGGGCUCGCCGGCUUGUGGGUAGGCAGCGGCAGCGCGCGUCGCACGUCAGAGCUGGGCUUUACGCUCGCAGACGUCCUCGAGCUGCGUCGGGGUGCGAAUACUGCGGGACGGUCUGUGCAGAGCUUCGUUUUACCUAUGCGCACGGAUCAGGUGAGGAGGAAGAUCGGAUGAAUGGCCUCGCUAUGGAGGAAGUGCCGGUUUCUCGAGUCCAAGCGCGGCGCAGAAAGAGGCGCCUGCCCAGGACGCCGCUCGCAGGUAUUCCAUGCGAGGACGAGUUCGACUGCAAGGAGCUAGAGAGCCUUUUUCAGAAGUACAAUCUGAAACUCGAGCAGACCGCAACGCUGAAAGCGCUGGCCGUGCUCAUCCUCGCUGCGUCCGCACUCGCGCUGGUCGAGCUGCUGUCCGCUGGCUCGCGCUUCACCGUCUCCAAGGGCUCGCACCCGGUGCACUGCGUCAUCUUCACCUCGCUCUUCAUUGUCACCAACGUCAAGUACCUGCAGGUGACGCAGCUGCAACAGAUCGCCAGGCUCGCGCUGCUCUUCAGCUUCACGUUCGCGCUGCUCUGCUGCCCGUUUCCGCUCGCUCUCGGGCCUGGCACGCAGCAAGGCGCGCACGGCGCACACGGACCCGACGCGGCCGCUACUGCACCUGAGCAAGGUGUGUGGCAACUGAUGCUCGUCACAUUCGUCGCUUACUCCCUGCUGCCGGUGCGGACUCACUUAGCCGUCGUGUUCGGCGUGCUGGUCGCUGCAUCCCAUUUUAUCGUGACUGCCACGUCUCUAACUACCCUCAGACCGCGCGUCUGGAGUCCGCUGGUGGCAAAUGCAGUGCUGCUGAUUGGUGUGAACCUGUCGGGUGUAUUUGUUCGAGUCCUUACUGAGCGUGCCCAGAGGAAGGCCUUUCUGCAAGCUAGGAGCUGCAUCCAGGAACGCCUGCAGCUGGAAGACGAAAAUGAAAAACAGGAACGCCUUCUAAUGAGUCUGCUACCCAGAAACGUUGCCAUGGAGAUGAAGGAGGACUUCCUCAAACCACCAGAAAGAAUCUUCCACAAGAUCUACAUACAACGUCAUGACAAUGUGAGUAUCCUGUUUGCAGACAUUGUUGGGUUCACCAGUUUGGCUUCUCAAUGCACAGCUCAGGAGCUGGUCAAGUUGUUGAACGAACUCUUCGGGAAGUUUGACGAGCUCGCCACAGAGAAUCACUGCAGGAGGAUAAAGAUCCUGGGGGACUGUUAUUACUGUGUGUCUGGUCUGACCCAGCCCAAAGCUGACCAUGCACACUGCUGUGUGGAAAUGGGACUCGACAUGAUUGACACCAUCACGUCUGUUGCAGAGGCGACGGAGGUGGAUCUGAACAUGCGUGUGGGAUUGCACACAGGUCGUGUGCUGUGUGGGGUUCUGGGAUUAAGGAAGUGGCAGUAUGAUGUCUGGUCCAAUGAUGUCACUCUGGCAAACAUGAUGGAGGCAGGAGGACUUCCGGGUAAGGUUCAUAUCACUAAAGCCACUUUGGAAUGUCUGAAUGGAGAUUACGAGGUGGAGCCAGGCUAUGGGCACGAGAGACACGCUUUCCUCAGCAAACACGCCAUCGAGACCUUUUUUAUUGUGCCCUCUCACAGACGCAAGAUUUUCCCUGGCUUGAUUCUGUCUGAUAUAAAGCCAGCAAAGAAGAUGAAGUUUAAGACGGUCUGCUACCUUCUCGUGCAGCUCAUGCACUGCAGGAAAAUGUUUAAGGCUGAGAUUCCUUUCUCCAAUGUCAUGACCUGCGAAGACGAUGAUAAGAGGCGAGCUCUACGCACAGCAUCAGAGAAGCUACGCAACCGCACGUCCUUCUCGGGAGUAGCGCAUAACUCACCCGGCACACGUGUGAACCGCUACAUCGGAAGACUGAUUGAAGCUCGGCAAACCGAAUCGGAAACAGCAGAUCUCAAUUACAUCACUCUGACCUACAGGAGCAGAGAACGAGAGAGAACGUAUCAGCAGGUGUAUGAUGAUGGCUUUAUCAAUGCUGUGGUGUUCUCUCUCCUCCUCACUUCACUCUUCGCUCUCAUCUAUUUUCUAAUUAUCCCUCAAGGUCUGGUGAUCGUUAUUUUGCUGGUUAUUUGUAUCUGUUUUCAUAUGGCAAGUGUAAUGUAUCUUCACCUCACUCACAUGCAGUGCUCUCCGGACUGUCUUACUCUGCAGAUCAGGACGGUUCUGUGUGGCUUUCUGGUCCUUCUGACGUAUUCCGUGACCCAGGGCUGUGUAGUGGCGUGCAUGCCAUGGUCAUGGGAGGGCAACUCCAGCGUCUCCAUUUUCAGGGUUGUCAUAGUGAACAGCACGGCAGUGGGUACAGGUGUGUGUAAAUACACUCCAUACGUGUUCCUAUCUUGCGUGAUGGCAUCACUGUCUGUGGCUCUAUACCUGCGCGUGUCAUCACUACCCAAGAUUCUCUUACUUCUCCUCCUCAACGUCCUCCAUACCGUUGUCAUGGAGACCAGCGGCUACCGGCAAGCUGUGGGAGGAGGGUUCUUUCACACACAUGGGUAUGAUCCGGUUCUGGCGAUGCUCCUCUUCUCUGGUGCAAUGAUACUCCACUGCAGGCAACAGGACCUCAAACUCAGACUUGACUACCUGUGGGCCACACAGGCUGAAGAGGAAAGAGAUGACAUGGAGAAAGUCAAACUGGACAAUAAGAGGAUUCUGUUUAACUUGCUCCCUGCCCAUGUGGCCCAGCACUUUCUCCUGUCCAACCCACGCAACAUGGACCUGUACUAUCAGUCCUACUCUCAGGUGGGCGUCCUGUUCGCCUCCAUCCCAAACUUCAAUGACUUCUACAUUGAGCUGGAUGGAAACAAUAUGGGUGUAGAGUGUUUGCGGCUCCUCAAUGAGAUCAUUGCAGACUUUGAUGCACUGCUGGAUAAGGAGUGCUAUAAGGACAUUGAGAAGAUUAAAACUAUAGGCAGCACUUACAUGGCAGCAGUGGGCCUUGUUCCGACCACUGGAUCUAAGGCCAAGAAGUCCAUUUCUGAACAUUUACGUACAGUGGCAGACUUCGCUAUACAGAUGUUCAGAGUUCUCGACGCGAUAAACUACCAGUCAUACAAUGACUUUGUGCUUCGAGUGGGUAUUAAUGUAGGUCCAGUGGUUGCAGGAGUUAUUGGUGCUCGUAGGCCUCAGUAUGACAUCUGGGGGAACACAGUGAAUGUGGCCAGCAGGAUGGACAGCACUGGAGUACAAGGCAAAAUCCAGGUGACUGAAGACGUCUUCCGGCUCCUCUCUGGCCAUUACCGCUUCCUAUGCCGUGGUCAGGUCAGUGUGAAAGGAAAAGGUCAAAUGCUCACCUACUUCCUAGAGAGUUGGUCUCAUGAAGGCCCUCUCCAAUCGUGCUCCCAGAGCUUGGAGCGCAGAGGAAGCCCAUGCAUCCAGACAAAGUUGAGCCACGCCCCCACUGCGACUAGUUAUGGGGUCAAAACACAGAAUGUUGGCCCUGGUCCCACCUCCUCCAACAACAGCAUUCUCUACCUGCCCUCCAUCUCUGUCGACGUGGAGAUGGAGGUGUGACUGAUGAGGAGGCACUUUCUAUGGCAAACAACCUGUUAGUGAAUCAAGGGGGAGUGAGACGUGACGGACUGAGGGGAUGAUGGAGGACACAGAAGAACACACUCGCAUCGAGAAAGCAACGGGAGAGACACAUGACUGAGAUUAAAGCAGUCUUCGCUGUCCACAGGGUGACCGUGAUGUUUAUGAGAGAUGAGACAUUUAGAUCUCUCAUGCAGAGAAUAACUCUCCUCCCCACACACAUGCAAACAUAAUGAGCAGGUUUGUUUAUUUGUGUGUGUAUGUUUGUGUGUGUGCAUGUGCACGUGUGUGGGUGUUCGUUUUAAUGAGUCUUCCUCAGUCCAGCUAGAUAUCAGGGGCUCCUAAAGAGGAGCAUGUGUUUUACAGUAAUGGCAGCUUCACACCAACAAAGGAGCCGCACACACUCCUGUGUGUGAGUUUGUGUGUGUUUGUGUGUGUGUGUGUGUGUGUGUGUGUGUUUAUUUGCCUAUGAAAAUAAGCAUGUGUAUGCAGUGGGGACCAAACAUUUAUCAUUUAAACAGCGCUGUAUUUUACAUUUGUGUGUGUUUGAGUUCAUGUGUGAAGAACUUCACAGAAAGAGUAUUUAUGAGAAACCAGUCAAUGCCCAUGGCGGGACGAGAAAACAAAAAUCCCAUCGGUGUUCUGUUUAGUCAGUGGGAAGUUUCUGAAAACCUGGGGCAAUUCACAGCCUGUAUUGAUGUACAGAAAACUGAAUCUCGUAUCCUUCAAAGUAUUUCUUCUUGUUGCCUUUAUGAGCGAAUUGACUGAGUGAACUGACUAUACAUUAUAUCCAGAUGCUAAAAUCUUGUAAAUAUAUAUAGUCCUGUUAUCAUUAACAAUGAGAUAAGCCGUGAGUUCCAAACACCAGUAAAGUAAAGCUGCUAACGCUUACACACUGGUGCUUUGAGUAGGAACAUUCUUGACGUCAGUGCACACUUCCUGCUGCUCUUUGACCUUUUACUAUGAUGGAGAUGCCGUUUCUGGCACAAACACAUAUACAGAACAAGCCUUUGUCUUGAAUAUACAACUCACACACACUAAAGGUGAACGUGUGUUCCUAGAAUUCACAAACAGUACCUGUGAAAUCAACAUGUAAAGCAGUGGCUUAGAUGUUCAUGAAGACUGAAAUGUACUAUAUCCGCUGCAGGAAACUUAAGUGUCCACUUGGGAUAAUGAGCAUCUUUGUAGAAGUUUGAAAAUAGCUCACAUGGCUUGUUCUUAUUUGUGGAAACAUUUGUGAUAUUUGCUCUAUUCAGAGUUUCUAAGUAGGCUAACACUCAACUGGGUUUUGCUAGUGCUGGUGGCAAGAGGAUUUUACCUUGUGCUUGCACAAGUAGGAGUGCUAGCACAGGAUAAAACCUCUGUUCUAUUUAAAUGGCACAGUCAGCAGAUGGCUGCUGUCAUAUAUGCUCAAAAUAUAUAUGGAUCUUCAUGCAUUGAGAAUAAAAAGGGCCUCGGAUGUCUUGGUUUUGUGGUCACAAAGUGUAUUUGAUCUGAUCGGUUAGUCUCUCGUAUUUAUUUGAUAGUUUUUCAUUUCUUGGUGAAAUACUACUGUAACUGAUAUUUCUCCAAAUAUGCCUAGGGAAUGAAGUUGGCUUCAAGCUUGCCGUUCUGCAUGUCCCUCUUCGCAUGCCACAGUUCUACCUUGUCUUGUUCUUUUUGCUAAGUGCAAUGUGACUCUAAUGCAUGACUAAUGCAAAAAAACCUGAACAAAAAGGGUGAAACGUGUAAUGGGUAAUAUUUAGAAAAGACUUUUAGUUGCACUGCAUGAAUGUAGAACAGUGGCCUUUUGUUCAUUUUUACGGUGUUUCUGGUCUCAAACCUUUAUCGACAGCUUGUUUGCUUUUUUCUCCAUGCAUGGUGCUGUGAAGUGUUGGAGAAAGCUUGGGAGUUUUGUAGCAUCGCUCUUGAGGUGACUGCCUUCUAUCCAGGGGUUGUUGGUUUGGGUGUAUUCCUUUGUGCCAACACAUUUUGUUACCAACAUAUCAAUUCCAGUGUUCUAUUGUAGCACAAUUUUGUGAUAUUGUGUUUGAUUCUACUUUUUAAAAAUAAUCUAGAGUUUUAUAUGCACUGGAUCCAUCAAGGGUACAGUUUUGGCUUCCUGUAAAACUUUGGGGUUGGAUGUUUCAAUGUUGGAUGUCUUCUCCUUGGUUUUGGAGAAGUAUAUUUUAUUGAAUAUCCAUUAGGCCUGGGUAAUGCAUUCUUAGCUAUUUAGUGACAUAAAAUAAAGCUCUCUAAGCUUGAAAUUGGACACAAAAUUAUGAUUAUGAAAAAUCUGUUCACCCCAAAAGUGAUGGUUAUAGUAUGGGAAUGGGAAAUUUCAUCUUUCUAUACAAUAAAUGUAUAUGAAAACCAUUAUAGAAAAGCCAAACUCUUCAUUUUAUCUCUGAAUUAUGCCUAGAUCAGAGUUUAUGAUUAAACAAAUGUAGCCACAUGAAAAAUGAUCUAUUUUCUAUAUACAAAAUACAGUGGCCUAAUACAUCGCCAUUCUAAAUAUUACAACUUUAAUAAUGCAUAAAAUGUUCACAGUAAAUACACUAGAUUUUCAUGUUAAUUAGAUAUUUUCAUAAAUGAUACGGGUUUAAAAUAUUACAUGUAUGAAAUCUACUGCAGAGUAAAUUGAAAGUAUUUUACUUAUAACCUUAAAUAUAUGUGCUAUUUUUUGGGGUUGCAAUGUAUUGAUUGCAAUAUUGAUAUAUGUGAAUGUAAAUUUCAUAUUGAGAUCUUUUAUACCUGUGUUUGCACUGUUCUGGAAUAAAAUGACAAUGAGAGACAGAGCUGGAACUGACAUAGUGUUGGGUGUUUCUGUAUGUCAUGUGUCACUGAGUCAUUGCACCCUGUUUGUGUGGUAAUGGCUGUGUCCUUGAGUCAGUUGUAUGUGAUUGUAAAGGUGACCAUUGGACCUCAGGAAAAACAAGUUGAGCAAAACAAGUGUCAUUUACUAUCCCUGAUUCUAUCACUGCAUCCAGCAAAAAAACAUAAAACUAUUUAUAGUUGUACGUUGAAAUCUGAUCUCAUAUCUCAGCAUGAUUGCACCUUUACAAAAACUAAAUAUGCUGCAUAAAGUGAAGCUAUUGACAUUGAAUUUCUGCCACAUGCCCAGUGUAAAUUGUAAUUUGUACAGCACUUGCAACCCACAGAGCUAAUACAAGGUUUCUCAGUGAAACAUUGCCCAUUGAGCAUCACACUGACUCCGCCAUCUUUCCAUCUUCCCAUAGUGCAUCCUGGUGCCAUCUCUUCACCAAGUAAGCGACACACAUACACACACACACACACACACACAGACAGACAGACAUCCAGAUGAUGUAAAAGAAAAUGUGAUUCAUCAGACCAGGCCACCUUCUUCCAUCACUCCAUGGUCCAGUUCUAAUGCUCACGUGUCCAUUGUAGUUGAUUUCGGUGAUGGACAGGGGUCAGCCUGGGUACUCUGACCAAUCUGCAGCUACGCAGCCCCAUACACAGCAAGCUGUG